AUGCUACCCUCUCAGACCGAAAACGCAACAACAGAUGUACUCUUCACAGUCGAGACGGGAAGAGUCGACUACUUGCGAACUGGAUUCAUCCUUUCCUUUACUAACAUCAGCAAUGCAUCACUUCCGAGCCAAGGCAACAAGUUACCUUCUCAGUGGUGGCCGAGAGCCGAAACACCCGAGUGCAACAGCACUAACAGCACUGCCUUAACCCUUGAAGGAACCAAUGGCGAUUUUUUCAAGGCAUUCAUUGAGAAAAGCGAUUCAUUGCCCAUUUUUAUUUCGGAUGUAUGCAGGUUUGCUAGAUUUCUUCACGUAGAAGUAUCAGUCAUGGGAAUCUCAGGAUAUCGAUUUUCCUUGCCACAUGAAGAGUUUGAUUAUUCCCAACCAGAAAAUUGUGGAUUUUGCAAUCCGAACACGUUGAGCAGGUACGGCGCCUAUGAUCGACCGGUGAAUAGCUCUUGCUUACCAACGGGUCUUCUCGACAUCAGUGGCUGCAAGAAAAGUCCAAUUAUAAUCUCAAAACCACAUUUCUACCAAGCAAAUGACAUUGUUAGAUCAUUCGUCCCACGAUUCAAGCCGUCCUAUGGAAAUGAUGAAACGACACUCGAUAUAGAACCAACAACUGGGACUGUUCUGGCCGCCAACAAACGACUUCAAAUCAACGUUCUUGUUAAUCAAUUUCCGACAAUCGGGGCCUACAGCGUCAUCCGACCAGGCGCAUACCCUUUAGUGUGGUUAAACGAAUCAUUUUCAAUGGACGAGGGAACACGAAAUGAUCUCAAUUCUAAGUUGUUUCAACCAAAGAGAACUGUAGAAAUCAGCUGCUGGUCUGCGAUCGGUGUUGGAGGUGAACAGUUUUUCAAUUCCUCUUUACCUAAUACUAAAAUUUAUCUAAUUUUCUCAAUUUGUUUUAAAACCAUCACAUUAUUGAAGCAUUGCUAG